AAACCAGAAGUGAAAAAGGUCCAGACUCUUUCCCGGGGGUGGGGCGACAGCCUUGAGUGGGUCCAGACCUAUGAAGAAGGCCUGUUCAAAGCCAAAAACAGCAACAAACCACUGAUGGUUAUUAACCACAGAGACGACUGCCCACACUCUCAAGCUCUGAAGAAAACCUUUGCUGAACACAAGGGCAUACAGAAGAUAGCCGAGAAGUUCAUCCUCCUGAAUAUUGUUCAUGACCCGACGGACAAGAACCUUUUACUUGAUGGCCUAUACGUCCCCAAGAUUAUAUUUGUGGAUCCUUCCAUGGUCGUAAGAGCUGAUAUUCCUGGGAAAUAUUCCAACCAUCGCUAUACCUAUGAACCCACAGAUUGUGACCUGUUGUUCGAAAAUAUGAAGAAAGCACUCAAACUUCUGAAAACUGAAUUGUGA